AUGGACUCGCUUGGCCGAAAAAAAGUACUUGAUGGAUACGACUGCAUCAACUUAGAUGGCUUAAAGGAGGAAAUUUCUCGUUUCCUUGGGCUCGAAUGCUGUUUUAUUAUGGAUACCCAGAAAAGGCCGUUUGGUGGUACUGUUGAGUGGGCUGAAGGGACCCAGCUGCAGUGGACUGAAACUUGGCCUAAUGUUCCGCAACGUGAUAAAGUCAUUCAAUCUGUUGCUCACACGGUGAUAAGUCUACUUAAGAUACAAAAUAAAACAUUCUUAUUUACACUCUAUAGGAUUAUCGACCUUGGCUUUGCGGAGAUGAUACCACUGCAGUUUGCAGCGUGUUUUCCCAACUUUUUAACACAUGACUUUCAGUCACUGCACGAUCAGGCCGAGGUUGAGCAUGGGAACACGCAUGGACCUUUAGUAUGGAGGCCAAAAAAUACACCAAUGAUGCGACGGGACCGUGCUUUCUAUUUGCAAUGUGUUAAAGAGUUAUCUGAAGGGGACCCGAUGCUCGAAGAGUACUACCGGUUGCUAGCUGAUAAGGAUGAGAUACGAAGAUACUGGUGGCUUAUGGCAGCUACAAAACUGAAAGUUCACCGGGCUAUGGCUGCAUGCAACUGGCUGCGUCCAUAA